UUGGGACGGUGUGUUUAGCCCUGUGGCUUUAACCUUCUAACGAGGAAGUUACAGUAGCAGACAGUCUAGUGUAGGAACACAAAGAAGGUCUCAUGUGACUAGUAUAGGACUGGGUGUCUAUUGUGUGACCUGCUUAGCUACGCUCUGCACUCGACAAUGUCUAGAUUAAGUUUGCUCAGAUGUAAGACUCUUAUCAGUGGAGUGUACACUUCUAGAUCCAGCACACGGAAGGCACUCCAGAACAGGAGCUACUGCCAAAAUGUUAAUGAUCUAAAGCCCAAAGUGACUGAGACAUUCUCUGGUCAGCAUUUAUUCAGACAUGAAAGGAGGCCUACAGGCUUUGAUAAAAAGGUACUUGUGUGGGCUGGACGCUUCAAAAAGGAAGAAGAUAUCCCGGAAUAUGUUUCAUGUGAAGUUGUCUCAGCUGCCAGAAAUAAUGUUAGGAUUAAGACCUGCAUUAUAAUGAUCGUUUGCACAAUACUAGGUUGCGUCGCAAUGGUGAUAUCUGGCAAAAAAGCUGUAAGAGAAGACAACACCCUACUCAAAAGAAAUAUCGAGAGAAAGGCCAAGUGGAGAGAAGAAACUGAAGCACAAGAGUAGAUGUUUUCUAUAAAGAAUCAUUGAACUAGAUCUAUUGGCUAUUACCAUGACUCUAUAGUACAAAACAUUAGGAAUCUCAGAGGAAUACAGCCUUUAUUAUAUAUAUGAUUGAUAUAUUGCAGUGUCCAAAAAGCUGAUCUAAAAUAUAUACGUACCAUCUUUUUAAAAAACUUUUCAUAUUUUAUCGUAAAGGUCAGAGGGAAUUGAGCGAGUGGACGCGAAAUAACAUCUUCUUUCACAUUCUAGAUGUCAAAUGCUGCUAUUCAGUAAAGCGUAGAUGGCAUCAGAAAAAUAGAAAUGUUCAUUUCUUUUAUGGCAACAAAGAUAUUUAGUGCUGGAUCAUUCCAAAGGCAAUUAAGGAAUAGGUCAGUCUUAACUUUUUAAGGGUGCACUUCAAGGCAUUUUACUGCAUUUGUUUGUAUUGGGGCUGGAAAACUAAACCUGUAUUUAAUUUUCUUAAAUGUGUGUUAUAAUAACGUGUUAGAAAAUGUUUAUGUAAGGGACUUUUUUGAACACAAAUUUUAAUAAAUGUGAUCUAAAUGUUUACAAUUAGUGAUGAA